AUUUUAACUUGCUACAUAUACCACGCCGACAGCCAGCGACAUCCACACGUUCCCUACUUUUUUUUUUCAAAAGUCACGGCGUAGUACAGCCGUGUCCUUCUUCAUUCCGCUUCCCCCCUCUUCGAGCGAGAAAUAUUAUGCGAGCGACUUCACGACGCUUCGCAGCUGGCCUUGCUCUGGCAGGUGCCUUUCUGACCGGCGUUGAUGCUAUUCAGACGGUCUCUCGCAACGGAAGAUACCUUUACACUGCGGACGGAAACAGGUUUUAUAUCAAGGGUGUAGCCUACCAGGAGCAAGGUGCGGUGGUAGCGGACGCAAGCAAUCCUUUCCUCGAGCCAUCUACUUUCAUCGACCCCUUGGCAGACGGCACUGCUUGCACUCGUGAUCUUCCUUACCUGCAGCAACUUGGUGUCAAUGCCAUUCGCGCUUACAGCGUCAAUUCGUCGCUGAACCAUGACUCUUGCAUGCAAACAUUUAGUAAUGCCGGUAUUUAUACCAUCAUCGAUCUUUCUCUGCCUGGGAAUGGUUCCAUCGACCGCAACUCGCCCUCCUGGACUACCAAUCUACUUGAUGUAUAUAUUGAGACUAUCAGUGCCUUCUCAAAAUACAACAACGUCUUGGCUUACAAUGUCGGAAACGAAGUAGUCAUCGCACCCAACGGAACGGCUGCUGCUACCUUCGUCAAGGCAGCUGCUCGUGAUGUGAAAUCAUACCUUAAUUCCAUCAAGUCUAGUGCGCUCGUUGGCUACGCGUCAAUCGACGGAGAUUCUACAUGGCUUGCUCCUUUGGCCAACUAUUUGUCUUGUGAUCCUUCUGGUUCAAACUCCGGUGCCGCUGCCAUCGAUCUAUUCGGGUUAAACAAUUAUGAAUGGUGUGGAAAUUCAACCUACCAGGCUUCUUAUGCCAACACAGAGGCCGAAUUUGCGGCUUACAAUGUUGCAGCCUACUUCAGCGAAUUCGGGUGCAUUACCUCCCCUCCUCGUCUGUGGACAGAAGUUGGGGCGCUUUUGAGCUCGGAGAUGUCUCCCGUUUGGUCUGGUGGUGUCGCAUUUUCCUACUUCCCAGCUACGAGCGUCCAGGGACAGUUCGGAAUGGUUACGAUCUCAACUGAUGGCAAAACUGUCACUACAAGCAGCGAUUUCAGUAACCUACAGACUCAGUACACCGCUGCAUCGCCACCCAAUUCGCCUGUGCAGAGCGCUGCUGGCGCUGCCAGCUACCCUUCGUGCCCUCAGCAGAGCUCCAAUAUGCUCGCUUCUAGCACUCUCCCCCCUACGCCUAACUUGGCUGCUUGCCAGUGUCUCGAAAACAAUCUUAGCUGCCAGUUCACGCCUACGACCAGUAACUACUCGGCAAUCGUUGGAUCGUUGCUAGAUUACGGGUGCAGCCUUAUCGGACAGUCCGGCGGAAGCUGUAGCGCGAUUUCUGCUAACGGGACAUCAGGACAAUACGGCGCGGUAUCUGAGUGCGAUCCCACGGUGAUGUUGUCCUAUGUGAUGAGCGAGUACUACAUAGCAAACGGAGCCAACGUUCAAUCAUGUAGCUUCGGUGGGAAUGGAACCGUCAAUAGCAAGGCACCAUCCAGCGCCAGCGGUGCUAAUUCUGCGGCGUCUUCCUGUCUCGCCAGCGCUACGAGCACGUCCGUCCCCACUCUCCCUGCUGGAGCCUCGAGCGCUCUCGGGUCAUCCACCACUACCUCGAGUAGUGGAGGACCCUUGAUGGGCAUGGGAGUCCUUGUUGCGGCUGGUAUUGCUAGUGGGCUCUGGACACUAGUUUGAGGUGGUAGAACAAUGGACCCUUCUCAAAUUGGUUUAUGUCAUGGACUUUCGUGUAUAUGGAUCAUUGUUCCGGAGUACUGUAUAUGCCAGUAAUUGAUGUAGAUUUAUACCCUGAAA